AUUUCAAGUGUUAAAAUAAAUAAUUGGUCCUUUAAUGACAAAUUGUUACUUUUUGAACUUAAAAUAAGAGGUCUUUCUUGAAAAGUUAACAGGAUUUUUAAAUGUUUUCUACGUUCUGUUGGUUAUAUUGUCUACAAUUCUCACGGUAAACUAACCGAAAACAAUCUGACAAUUUGCUAUGGAUAAUAGUGAUCAUUCAGUAACGAAAGUAUUUGGAAGUACAUGAUCUGCAAUUCAGGGUUCAGCAACUCUAUAAUCUUUCUUUUGGUUUCAAAAAAAAAUUUGAAUGGAUUUUGAGCUCUGUCAAGAUUAUACACUGAGUGAUUAAAAAUGUUCUGGCAAUCUUCUUACGAGGGUUCAGUCACACCACUGGAGUUUUAUAAUUCAGUGGAACUUAUUUGUCCACGAUCUUCCAGCCAUGGCCACGGAAGGGUCGUCGGAGUUGCUGGAAUCGACCGGCAGCGCCUUCGACUUCAACGACAGCCUCCUGAGCCUGCUCGAGUGCCCCGUGUGCACCGAGUACAUGCGGUCGCCCAUCAAGCAGUGCGUGAACGGCCACGCGCUGUGCAGUCUCUGCAAGCGGAAAGUGUCCAAGUGCCCGACCUGCCAGGGCUCGUUCCUCGACACGCGCAACCUCCCGCUGGAGAACCUCGCAGAGAAGAUGCUGUACCCGUGCGAGAACGUGCUGGCUGGCUGCGGCCGCCGCCUGGCGUUCGGGGAGGUGUCGGAACACGGCCGCUCCUGUGCGUACCGCCUCUAUGAGUGCCUCCCGGGACGCGACGAGGGCUGCAAGUGGGCGGGGCGGCGCGGUGAGAUCCUGGCCCACGUGGAGACUGAGCACGACGGCUAUGCCUGGAUGAAGGAGGAGGUGAACACCCUGUACUACGACACCUUUGACUUCUGCGCCACCAGCAACUUCUCGCAGGUCAUCAACAUACACGACGAGAUAUUCUGGUUCCACGACAGGCUCAAUGCAGAGACUAAGAAGUAUUACAUAGCAGUUCAGUACAUCGGUCCGGUGGAAAACAGACUGAAUUUUACUUACAAAGUUGAGUUCGUUUCUGAAUGUAAAAAUUACGAGUUUGUAUUCAAAUGUAUAACCCACAGUGAUACGGAUGAUGUUAACGACAUAUUUGAGUCUGAAACAUGUGCUGUGAUAAACUAUAACAUUAUAGAGGUGUACCUCAAGGAGAAAUCAUUGGCUUAUAAUCUGAGUGUUAUGAAGUGCUCACAGUGAUUAUAUAAUUGUUAUAGAUUGAUGGUUUUGAUUGGAAUGUAUGUAAAUUAAGUGUUUUCCUUUAAGACUGAGUUUUUUUAAUGCAUGAGAAUUGGUAACCUGUAUGUAUGUAUGUAUGUAUGUAAUGAUUUUGUAGUGAUGACACAUGCAAUUUUAUUAUCGAAGAAUUUUAAAAUUUAACUUAAACUGGUAUUUUGUAUAUUUUGACUAUAUUUUUUACUAUAUAUGUAUAUGAAGUGGUUGUAUUGGUUUGUUACAUUCUAGGUUGGCCCAGCUUGGCAACCAAGAAUAGUAACAAUACACUUUAAUCACUUGAUAAAUUUGUUUGUAUACAAUGAUUUUGAAGUUUGGUUUUUUUAAGUUUGUCCAAUUGCCAACAACAAAGAAAAAUUAUUCCCUUAGAAUAAAAUUUUGUCGUGGCAUUAAAAAUUACAGGGUUUAAGGCAGUCUGUUAUUAUUAUUUAUCAAAAACAAAAAAAAAUCAGUAGAUCAUAACUUACAUAACAGGUCCAGAUGAUGAAUCGCAUAUUCACUGUAGCAUGUUGCUCGAUUAACUAAAAAAAAAAUUAAAGUCUAUGUUUUGCUGUAGAACGAAGGUAGCAUAAAUCCGCGGAAAAUAUCCCAGGAGAGCGACAACAGUCACCCUUAGCCGACGCCUGUGGUCAUUUUUAAGUUAAAAGUCCGAAAAUUAAUUUUGAAAAAGGGUUAUGACGUCCCUCGGCCUAUGGUCCCUAAUUCCCUGUUUUGCCCAUGUAGCUCUCGUCGGUGAGGAAGUGAGUUCAGGCCAACGUGGCCGGGACCGGAAAGUAAGGGACCAGGAGGGAACUUUGCGUAUGUGGAAGGAAUGGUAGGUAGUUCCAAGGAUAAUGCGAUGAUGUCGUUUUCACGAGCACCUUUUAUUUCCGUACAAAAAUCCUGUCGCAGCCUGGCCGGCACGUCGCGAAACGAGCGUCCUCCUCUGCUGCGACCCGGACUCCCGGAAACAAACACUUGGAGACAAAAUGAGAACCGGCGUAACAGCGAAUGCGGUCCCGUAGCGAAUCGUACCGGUUGCGAAAAGUUCACUGGUGCUUCGUAGCACGUACGCGACUCGUGACGUAUGCGUAGACGACUCUAUGACGAUAUAUACAGAUUAAGAGAGUAGAAAAGUCAGACGAGCACUGCGUGCGUCUCGAGCGGAAUGAGUUACGGAGUUACGAAGACGCGAUCUUGUUAACGAGGCUUAUCGCGAGGAAUCCUGUCACAGCCUGGACGACCACGUCGGUAGACGAACGUUUCAUCCACGCUGCGACCCGGACCCCGUACUACCUCUCGCGGAGCGGAGCGAAGGAGGUCCGCUCCGUGCGACUUCCAGUUGGCAACUGACUGACGCUCCGCCGCCCGCCCGCGCGGGCUGCGGAGGGGAGGAAGGGGAAACGGGCCGGCGGGGAAGACGCGACUCGCGCAGCGGGCCAGGCUUGCCGAUCUACAUGAUAUGACACAGCACUUGGAUGAGUUAAAGAAUUAAUACAAAAGAGGUAUUUACACAACAUUUACACACUCGUGGAGGCUUGUGGUCACUUAAAGAAAAGGCAUAAAAACAUAAUUAUUUAUACACUGUGACGUCUGCUGACGUACCAGGGCGCACGCGGGUGCGUCCCUGCUCGUAGCACUGCACUUAGGUUGCACUGGUAUUGCAAGAGAGGACGUUGACGAGGCAUAACGGCCUGAAGGAGCCGAGGAGACACUUGGGUCAACGUCAGUUACUUUUCGGCCUAGCUCCAACUUCAACUUUAUUUUUCCCAGCGAGCUGCCGACAACGCGGCCGCACGUAGCGACAACUAAACUAACAAUGAAGUUGUCUUCCUUUACAAAGGUGUCAACUGACCAAUCGCAACACAGAUCCAGAAAAAUGACCAUAUGAGCAGAAAUACUGAAAAAUGUUUUUUUCUCUGAAAGUCUGGGAAGACACAUUACACCAACUCAAGGCUUGCUCUGAUUGGCUGGUGAGGCAGAGCCCAGCGAAAGUUAUGGUUCAUUACUGCACAGUCGUGUGCUCACGUGUUGGGUUUUCCCAAUAAUCUGAGGCGUGAAAAAUAACUUGCUGGCGACAGUGUGUUACACCAGUGUCUUCCUUUCUUUUGAAACCUUCUAGAAUGUUUCAAUCUUACUACCCAGAAUAUGCUUUAAAAUUUGACAAAAUGUAAUGAAUACACAUGUUAAUUUUAAGUAAAUUACAGUGAAACAAAUAAUAAUAAAACACACUACAUUCAACUUUAUAUAUAAAUCAAUAAUAAUAUUAAAGCAUAAACAAAAUGUUUUAAAUUACCAUACAUAAACAUAAUACAAGAAACAUUCAGAAAACAUCAACAUAAAACAUUCUCUGUCGAAGUGUUAUUAGUAGUAGGGAGCAGAAAUUCUGUGAUUUUACAUAGGGUGAAGUAAAAUUAUGUUAAUAAAUAGCUGUGUGUGUAGGCCUGUCUUACACCUACAUAUACUGUAUAAUAAAUUGACAGGGUGGCAAUUUAGACAAGAAUUUUGUGAGACUGGAAAAUGUAUAAUUUCUGUGAUUAAGUGAAGGAGUUAAGGUAAUUUGACAUGUAUAACAUAUUUUCCAUCAAAUUGACUUACCACUGUAUCAUAGUAUUAAGUUUUUGUACAUUGUUUAUAAAUUUUUAGCAAUUUUUAAAGUUUAGCAAGGGAGCCAUUGGUUCUCUACAUUUCCGAACACAACUUGUCAUGGUCAUUUGCAACAAUUUUUCUAGAAUGUUGUAGAUGGUCAAUAAUUUUGUGAGUGAUUUUCUGUGAAAUGUCUUGUAAGAAAUAAAGUGUAAAGACAUUGGUAGAAAAUAUGGAUUUGGAUUUUCUUAAUGGUCAAAGAAUUAGAAUUUUUAUUCCGGCCCAGUGCUUGUGAUGCUAAAGAACCAUUCAUAAUCUCAUAAAAGUUUCAGAAAUCAAUUUAAAAAAAUGAAUUGUAAUUAGUAAUUAGCACAUUAACUGCAGAAAAUAAUUAUAAAAAUAUUUACAUCUUUAUUCUUUUUUUUUUUGCAAAAAAAAAAUAAUACUAUGAUUAAAAUACAUUUGCACAUGAAAGAUGUCUGAUAUUUAGGCCUAUAUUAAAAUAUCCUUGUCACACACUAUUGCGAACCAUCUGAUAAUUACAUUGGAUCUUUUAUUUGCAAUUUCAUUAGUUGGAUGAUUAGUUUUUAUCUUUGAAGUUUCAUACUAUAUUUUAUUGAGAAGCAUGUGAAUUUUGGACACACAGGAAAAAUAAAAUACAUAGAAUUUCUGGUUUAACAAUUUAGCACAAAUACUAUUUACAAUUACUAAGUUACUUCAGUAUAGAGUUAUUUGACCUUAUAGUUUAGAGCUUUCUUUUUAUGUCUUGCCUAAAUAUGUGACUUAAGUGAAAACUGCAAAUUAUUUUUCUUGCAGUUGUCUAGAUAGUGAAAUUGCUUUCAAACAUUUACAGUUAAACCCGUUUAAGACGACGCAGCUUAAGACGUUUUCCUGCCUAAACUGUCAGACUAAUAUAGCACCAAAUUUUCCUAUGCCAUUAUCCUUAACAUCCCUUAACACUAUUUAACAGUGGGAAAUGAGUUUUAAUGCAAGUAAAAUAUUUCCGGAAAUUUUGAACUCUCGAAUUUCUUUGGAAAAGAUUGCAUUCACAAAAUUUUUGUAUCCAUUCAAAAAUACUCACGAUGUGUUAGUUAUUUUACGGAGUAUUAAAUAGAUAAAUAUUAUUAAAUAUAUAUUAAAUAGAUAAUUUGGAAUGCAGCAUGACAGCAUAAGAUUAUUACUGUAGUGCAUCAGCCUGAUUUGAGAAGCAGAUAAUACGUAAUAAUUUUUAAUUGCAGACAGGAUUUAAAAAAUAUCUCGAUAUUGUUUAUAAAAUUUUAAAUGUGAUUAAACUGAACAUGCAUGUCGUCGGCGCUGUUUCUUGGCAAGCUACUGCCAGGAAGGAUGGAGACAUAACCAGAUAUCUUAGUGGCCCGUGCUGGUUUAGGCAUUCGACACUCAAAACAAAAACUUCCUUUGUUUUAACUCGUCCUCUGUCCCAAGCCUUCAAGGGCACCAGUGUCUCAUCAUUCCUAGCCCUUUUCCUGGUAGGAUGUAUUUCCCUUCAUAUGCCCCUCUAUGCCCAGCCUUAGCAGUUCCACCCUUGUGAAUCACAUCCCAGCCACAGAUUUGAAAUAAAGAAUAAUGAAACGGUAGAAUGAAAUAGCAUCACAUGCUGAAGUUUUUCUUUCUAACAAAUUUCUAUUUAAUCAUUUCUGCAUCAAGUAUAAUUUUCUGAAUGGUUCCUCAGUAUAAGUAUAUCACAAUUACUAAGUAUAUAUAAUCCUAGAAUUCUCUAGGUUUGUAUCAGUGAGGUUUCUCUAAUGUAAUUGUUUCCCUCUAAUUCCAUUUAAACUUUAAUAUUGUGUUUGUUACAAACAUUGCAACUAUUUAACCCAUGAAAAUUUAUUUUUAUUAUUUACCCUUUUAAUAAGUUUUCCUGCUUAGAAAGCACAUUUUGUUUGGUUUUUUCCAAUAUUUUCUUAAGAGGGUUUUACUGUACUUGUAUAUACACAAUAAAUAAUUAUUCAUGGGUUAAACUUUGGUUUACUUCACAUAACAGUGGAAUAAAUUAAAUUGUUUUUACAAGGGGUUUAAUAUUUUAACUGAAUGUUGAAAAGUGUGCAAAACUAUUUAAAUAAUGACAAGCAUGUCUACAACAUUGACAAAUUACCUAUGUACUUACACCAAUAUUAGUUUGUUUUUUUUUUAAUCAAUUAUUAGCUCACUUGAACCGUUUUGAUUAUAGUAUCUCAUUGUGAUUUACUACUUGCACAAGGUCCUAUGACUUUUUGGCUGGUGGUACUCAAAUCGUAUAGAUUAGUAAAAUAAAUUAUUGUGUGUUCAGGUUUUUUAUUUUAAGUGGUAAUAGUUAUUUUAUACUCAAAAAAAUGACUUCAAAUGUAUUUAUUUAUUUUCAGCUAGACUGCUAAAUUGACAUAUGUGCAAACAUUAUUCUUUGUAUAUGUAAAUUCUCCAAUUUGGUCAUGAUUGUAUUUUAAAUUAAUUUCUGGAGCAUUGCUUGUUUUCUAGCAUUUUCAAUCAUGUUUCAAUAUGAUGCAAUAAGAGUUGCAGGAGGUUGUGUAGCUGUGUUACAAUGCUGUCAUUUUUUGGCAUAUUUAAUUUUGGACAUGAAGGUGACUUGUCUCAUGCUUCCAAACAUCUGGCUUUACUCAGUGUUGCGGUUAGAUAAAUGCAUCGCAUACCACAGGAGUCAUUAUUUGAUUACAGAUUAGAAGGUGUCUACCAGAUCUAGUAAAUGAAAUUCUCUAAGUUUUCCAGGUCUAAAACUGAAUUUUUUCAGGUUUUCUUUAACUCAAUUACGACAUUCCACGAAACUGAAAUAACUGCAUAACAGUACAUUGACGGGUUUCAAUGUAUUUCAACUCACUUAAAUUAGUAAAAAAUAUUACCUUCUUCCAGACGUGGUCAAAGUGACUCAAUUGAUGGCAAAUAAAACAUGCUGCUACAAAUAUUUCACACACCUACUUUUGCAAAAACAUUAAUUAAAGGAAGCUCCCAUCAAUUUCGCAGUGACUCAACUUUUGCAUCUAUUGCACUUGCUUCAGAACGAGCCAAAUCCAACACUCGAGCCUUCUUCAACUGCAAUGCCUUGAUCUCCUCUUCAACUCUUCUUUUUUCUGCCUUCUUCUUGUCUGUAGCUUCCUUUUCUUUUUGUUUUGUUUGCAGGGCUUCCUUACGCCUACAACUAGCAUUUCUUACAUACUGUAACAUGGACUUGGUGAUAUCAACAUGCUCUACACCUCAAGAACGUUGAACAAAGUCGUACAUCUGUCUUUGUGCGAUCAGUAUUUCUUCCUGCAAGUUUUCAGUCAGCAGAUUAUAAUUCACUGAAAAUCCUCUUUCCAAUGAUGCAUUUCCAUGGGAAAGUACCAUCAUCAUCCUCACAAACUUUAAAAGGCCUAUUUUGGCAGCUACUGUAUGUGCCUUAAGAAUGAGCAUCCACAAGUGAUCAAGGUGCCCGUCUUCUCAAGAAAAAGACAAGAACUGUGCUUCAGAAUCUUGCGAGGAACAUACCAACUGAUAUGAUCACUCAAUGUUACAUAUCAGCUUCUUGUCCUGAUAGCCACCUGUUUUGAAGACAACAUUCUAAACUGUAUUUCACACGCUGUUUCCUCACAGCCGAAUUUAAAGCCACUGACAGACAUAAGCAGGAAAUUCCCUUGGUAAUUUUUUACUUCAGGGGACUUUGUCUUGAAGUUUUUUACCAUAACAUUUAGACAAGUCCUAACAUCAUUUUUCAGUAACAGGACAGACUGUUCUGGUACUUUCUCUUUCUUGAUGGCAUGGCGUACUGCAUAACCCAACUUGAUAUUGUUAGCAGUCAAUAGAUUUUUCUGGUUAUCUACAUCCAAUCGAGAUACAUUGCGUUUCUCCCUAAAGUUCUUCAGUACCUCUGGUUUCACAAACUUUCCUGCCAAAGCUAAUAAAAUGUCUACCAGUGAAUUAUAGAAAAGGUGCCAUGGGUGCUUCACUUUGGAACAUUGUGAGAAACAAAUUCAGCUCUGAUGCCAAAGAGUGGAAGAAUGUCAAUUUUACUUCUAGAAGAUAAACUUCAAGAGCACAUUUCACUACACUUUAAGAGACAGAUAAAAUAGAAACUUCACUAACAAAUUUCUUUAGGUGAGGUAACAUUUUCAUGGCACGCUCAGCAACUGCAGUAUUCCAUCUGAUUGCAGAAAAUUUCUUGGGAAAAAGCUCUGAUCCAGUUAUUCUAAUGAAAUCUGCCCUCCUUGCAGGUACAUGCUUAAACAAAUAGUAACUGUGCCUCAAAAAACUAACAACGUCCCAUUGUGUAGCAGAAAUUCCAAUUUUGAAAGCACCAUGGACCGUAUGAAGCCCACAGCUACCAAUUUCUAGCAACGAUGGCGAAUCUUCACCAAAAAAGUCUGUGAUGUGUAUUUUCAAAGCUAACAAAAAUGCCCAGUUUACGUUGAGGGUAUCAGAUACUUAAAAUUAAAUGCACCUGUCGGGAUAAUCCGAACGUGGGAAGCACAUGCUGCAGCACGUCACGUCAGCAGGAUAACAGACCAGCUUGAACCAGUUUGUAUCACUUGAUUUGACGCCACUUCCGAAUCCGGUGGUAAAUAAAAGAAAAUGGAUGUGGGAACUGUUCGUCAUUUGCCAUUCAAAAAUAAAAAUGGGAGGGGAUACACUUGAUGUUACGUCAAUGCAAGCUGAUCAAUAAACAAAAAACGUAUUGCCAACUAUAACCUACCAAACAAAAAUUCCCUGAUUUUUUAAAAAAAAUACCUGAUUUUUCCAGGUUUUCCAGGGUCGGUAGACACCCUGGAUUAGUCCAUCAAAACUUAAAUGUAGAGUUUCGUGGUGAGCACAAGCCUUGUUCAAGUCAUCUUUGGUGAUUCUUUCAUUUUGGACUCUUAUUUUAUUUAACCUCCAAAUUUGACCUCAAUUAGUGGAUGCGAGUGCAUGAAGCUUGAAGCCCAAUUUAUCCUUGUGCACCUAUUUGGGAGUGAGGUUUAUACUCGUAAAGAUGUCACAGCCUCUGCAUCACUUGCAUCGUCAAGAUAUCUAUUGAACUCAAGAAUAAAAGUGUUUCAAAAUGUGUUUUCCGCAUUGCUUCGCCAAUAAAAAUGUGUUUUGUAAUAAUUACGGUGAUAGGUCUUUCAUCCAGCUUUCUAUGGUUCACAUACUUCUUUGAACAGUAAUGCUCCAUCUCCAUCUGUAUUUAUUUUUCUUUUUAUACAGCCACUUUUAUCACAAAUACUUUUCAAAUAUCAUUGUACUGUAAGUCAAUUUUUCUUUGAUAUUCCCGUCCAACCAUAUUGACGUUCAAUAAUCCGGCAUGGCCGUAGUCCGUAACAUCUCAGAUUUAAGACCUUUCACUAUCACCAAAUUUUCAGCCUGGAGUUUCAAUUGGCGAUGCUAAAUUCCAUAGUCAAGAGAAAAGUAUAUAAUUACAGUUCUAAAAAAAAAUUAUUUUAUUUCAAAGUAUUGUUACGAUUUCCCUGCGGGUUCGUAAAGGAUAGCCCAAUUAAAGAUUUUUAUCACACACACAGUUUUAUUUAUUACCACUACUUGUCACUUACAAAUAAUCUUUUAAGAUGGCAAAUAAUUAACUACACUUAAAGAAAUGUCAAUUCCCCAGUCACUCGUUUCACACACCUCGCUGGGCCGCACUUCCGGCGCAACUCUGACCGCAGCACCCCUCGUGGGUCACCGCCGCGGGACUCCGUCGCCGCACUCCGCCGCUGCCGUCACACUCUUCGCCGAGAUCCCACACGACGACUCGCAACUUCACUCGGGACUCCGCCGCGCCCGCGACUCUAUCGCCCGGAAACUCCACUGCGGGAAAACUCCCGACUCCACUGAACUCUCUCACUCCCUGCCCUGGAACCUUCGUCCAAGGACUUCGCCACUCUGCCGCACCCGCGGCACUAUCGCCCGGAAACUCCGCCGCGGGAGAACUCCCCACUCGGACUCUGACUUAAGGUCGGCCCAACCUCCUUAUAUAGCCCUUGGGUUCCCGUCCAGAACAAUCGGGCAUGUCUCCGAGAUAUCGCGCGACCUUCGCCGUCGAAAUGCCCAGAAACGCGUCGUGAGUCCUCGAAGGACGCGGCGGCUGCUCAAAGAACGCCGAUAAACUCAACAAGCAUCGGGUUCCCACAAAACGCGCCGAUAAACAUGUCUAAGUCCUUUUAUUCCGCAGUGCGGCCUCUUUUAAGUAACUCGAUCUGAGGCAGGUGCGCGCCGCGACAGUCAGAAUGUCGCGAGAUAGUAUGACACGAGAUACCAGGGAGAGGAUGCGGGUGGAAGGGGGGCGCAGACAGGCCGAACGAGCACGGCGACGCCAAGCACUGCAGCCAAGCGCGAUUGUAACAGUAUAUAUUACAUAGUGUAACAGAACUGUCAAAAUGAUGUAUGAGUCGUGUCAUAUGACUGCUGCCUUCUAUCAGGCUUUUUAGUCACCAAACAAGUGGUUGUAGCCAAGGGCACAAUGUCCUGAGGUGAUAUAAAAUAAGGGGAAGGUUUGUUAUAUUGAAAGUGAUAGAGAGAUACUGCUUCCACAUGGAACUGAAAUAUGAUCUCUGUACCUCUAGUAUUUUAUGUAAUUUAAUCUCACAACUACUUUGCUAGAGCCAUUAAUCCUUGGUCCUGCAGGAUAAAAUAACCUGUAAACAUGUGACAUAGUGAUGUGUGUUAUCAUGUUGAGAACAAUGAACAGAACUGCCAGACAAGUGAAAUAUUGCACAUUUCUAUGUGGUGUCCAAGAACCAACUCUACCUAUUAGUACUAGUUAGAGCUAACUAGUGUGUUUAUAGCAUGUGUUUUUAUGAUGAUGUCUAUUUAUACAAUAAAAUAUAUUUAAUCAGA